GUCUUUGAUCACUUCCUGUCACUGACUCACUUCCGGUCUCUGACUAGCUUGGAAUCUGGGGUGAAGACCUGUCCAGAGACGGCUUCAAGCCUGGUUGGAGGUUGGGUGGGGGAAGUGAGAGGGUGAGGGGGUGGGGAGGUAGGGAAGGGCCAGGCCCAAGGGGCAGGUGGGACCUUUGGGAGCUGCAGGGACAUCCUGAUCCAACAGAAGAACUUGCCUCCUGUGCCGCCAUGAAGAAGUUUUUCACUUUCUGGAGACGGAAGGAUGAGCCGGUGAGCCCCUCCUCAGACCUGCCCGUAGGCCGGGCCAGGACCGGUACUCGUCACCUCACCCAGCCAGGCUACAACCUUCGAGAUAAGGACUUAAAGAAACUUCACAAAGCUGCCUCCGUUGGGGAUUUGGAGAAGGUGAAGAAGUACCUUCAGCUGAAGAAACAUGAUGUGAAUAUACGGGACAGAGAAUACAGAACACCUUUGCACCUGGCCUGUGCUAAUGGACAUUCAAAUAUUGUAUCUCUCUUAAUUGAGAAACAGUGCAAAAUAAAUGUCUGCGAUAGGGAAAACCGGUCUCCAUUGACUAAGGCAGUACAGUGUGCCAAGGAGGAUUGUACUACUAUUCUUCUAGGCCAUGGUGCAGAUCCAAAUCUGGUGGAUUUAGAUGGCAAUACUGCUCUCCAUUAUGCUGUCUGUGGCCAAAGUAUCUCAUUAGUUGAAAAAUUGCUUGAAUACAAAGCUAAUCUUGAAGAUCAAAAUAAGGAUGGGUAUACUCCACUAUUACUUGCCAUUACUGAAAAUAAUGCAAAAAUGGUAGAAUAUCUUCUGAAGAGAGGGGCAGAUGUGAAUGCUUCAGAUAAGAAUCAAAGAACAGCCCUUAUGAUUGCUCUAAGCGAUGAACCAACAGAUUUAGUCAGUCUUCUUCUGCAGCAAGAAGUGGACCUGUUUUGCCAAGAUAUUUAUGGAUUCACAGCUGAGGAAUAUGCUUCUUUUAAUGGUUUUACUGUAUAUCAUCAAUUAAUUGCCAAUUAUGGAAGGGAGAAUAAAGUUGAACAGAUGUCUAAUUCUGAAGAUACAGCCUUGGGUAAUGAAUCUGAUACAGAAGAACUGAAGGAAGACAUAUAACCUCAUUUCUACAAGUCCUUUGCUGCUGCCUUGCAUUAGAAAAGUCUGUUUUGAAAGAGCAAUUAAAUGAAAUGUCACAGCAUUUCACUGACUACUCGUUUGAAGAAAAGUUUGUUAAUGGAGAGCAAUUUUCACCUUAGAAGAUGUGAAGAGAUUUCAAAAGACAAACAUCUAUAUCAUGAGCUAUCAGUUGGAAGGAUACAGUUUGUGUUCAGUUUAUAGUCAGCAGAAGUCUUUUUAGUCAGAAUUUUGAAUGGGGUAUUCGUAAGUGUAAACUUUGAAACAUAGUGUGCUAGGCAUACAUUAGAGCAUUUAAAUAAAGUAAAAAUAUUAACAUGUCAGCUAUAAAUAGAGAAAAACAUUAUAAGUAACCC